UACAGUUUCUGUUUUAAAAAUGCUUCCUUGUUACUUUUAUUUAUUUUUCAUUGCAAAACAUGGUAAUUUUGUAGCUUAAAUAUAAAGAAUAAGAAAAUGUGACUGUAACGUUAUUGGCAGCAGUAGUAAAGCUGAUACUGGCUUCAUGUCCUAGUUAAAGUUACAAUGGGCUGGACUGAGUUUCAUAACUGCUUAAAACUCAUAAUCAGAACUAAAGGUGCCUUUUGGACAGGAAGGAAAAAUGUAUUUAAGGAUCAAGCAAAGGAAAAACUUAAACUGAUAAAUGUUAUCUUAAAAGAUUUAACAAAGUCUGACCUUUUAGAUGCAAGAUAGAAAUAAAGUGUGGCCAACAUGUUUUAAUGCUCAGUGAUUAAAUGUUUACUGCAUUUGCAGUUUUGCUCCUCAUCUUGUCUGUGAAGUGCCAUCAUAACAUGGUUUGUGUUUUACUUUGGACUGUAGUUUAGGGUGUGUGUUUCAGUGGUUAUAAAGGUUUUGAAACAUUAACCAUCUGAGGAUUUCUUUUCUCAGAUAGGAUCCCUCUUAUUAAUCUUCUGUCUUUUCAUUGUGUAUUAAUGUCUAUGCUGACUUUUAUAAUACGAGGUUCUGCUUGAGACGACAAGAAUUUCCGCCUGCAGCAAAGAAAAGAAAAAAAAACAGGCAUAUUGCAGCAUCACAGCCUAAUAAAGAGGAUCCAGAGUGGUGAUUUCAGCAGGAAGAGAAACACGCAGCCCGUCAGAAGAGCUGAAGAAUCAGUAACAGACACAACAGCGUAAAGCAUAAAGAUGAAUCACACAAACCAAAUAGAGGACAGUAACUUCUCCUGCUACAGCUCCUCGGUGGUGGAGUACCGGUACUUUGCCGUGCUGUGGGGAUGUUGUGUAACCAUCACUGGAACUGUGGGGAACCUGAUGACCGUCCUGGUCUUCGCCCUGGACUCCCGUGUCCAGACUCGCUUCAACGUCCUCAUCGUUAACCUGGCGGUGGCUGACCUUCUCUACUGCACCAUCCUGCAGCCCAUCUCUGUGGACUCCUACCUGCACCUCAGAUGGCGUACUGGUCAGGUGUGGUGCCAGAUCUUUGGGCUGCUCCUCUUCCUCUCCAACUCCGUCUCCAUCAUUACCCUCUGCCUGGUGGCGGUAGGCCGAUACCUCCUGGUUGCAAAAAGAGUUGUUUUCAACCGCGUGUUUUCCAGCCUUGGACUUACUUUACUCGUGGUCUCAGCUUGGGGUCUGGGUCUGGCCAGCUUCGGCCCACUCUGGUCUGUUUACGUGUUUGUGCCUCAGGUGUGCACCUGCAGCUUCCAUCGCACCAAAGGCCGCCCCUACACCACCAUCCUGCUUUUCUUCUAUUUCUUCAUCGGUCUAGGAUGUGUUGGAGUCUUCUACGCGCUCAUCUACAGAAAAGUCAGGCUUGCAUCAAAAGCUCUGCUCCGCUACAGGCUGAGUCAAAGCUCUUCUAGGAAGAAAUCUGCUCCUUCAGCUCAGGUGACGGACGAUAGCGGAGUGGAAAGUGGUGUGGGGAAGACGUGUAGCUCGGAGAUCAGCAGCCAAGCAGAACCAGAUCAAAACACACAAGAUUACAAAAAGGCUAUUCUCCCACCUCAGAGCUCAGCUUUACCCUUAAAGUCAUCAGACGACAAGCUAGAGACCCAAAGCACUGCUCUGGCUUCGCAGUCCGCGGCUCCAGAGGAUAACGAAUUCAAGCGUGUGACCCGCAUGUGUUUUGCUGUGUUUCUCUGCUUUGUGUGCUGCUUUGUCCCAUUUAUGCUACUAAACAUAGCAGACAAAGAAAACCGCGCCCCACAGAUGUUGCACAUGUUCUGUGCCAACCUCACCUGGCUCAACAGCUGCAUUAACCCUAUUCUGUACGCGCUCAUGAACAGACAGUUUCGUCAGGCCUACGGCAAGCUGCUCAGCCGAGCUGCUGCUCCUUUCACCCGCCUCUGCAGCUGGUGACAGACCCACAAAGUCUGAUUUCAUAGAACCUACUUU